GUCAUCAGGCUUAGACUGACGGGAGGCUGCCUGUACUGUAGCGGUGGAGUACGGUUUUGAGUGUGCGUGCCUGCAUGUGCGAGACCCACACUGUUCUCUGAGGCAUUCUGUCAUUCGCUGCUUCCCUGCAGUCUCUCUCUCUCUCUCUCUCUCUCUCUCCCUCUCUUUCUCUCUCGCUCUCUCCCUCUCUCCCUCUCUCUCUCCUAUCCUCCGUCUCCUGAUGAGAGAGGGAGUCACGCUACAGCCAGAGAGACAGAGAGAACGCGACACGACGACAAAGAUCUGCAAAGGAGAGGAUUUUCUCUCUCUUUUUUCCUCGCGCGUUGGUCUCGCCGCCACCGAGCUGAGCAGGGAGAGGGGGAGCGGAGAGAGGGGACCCACGCAGAACACCUCCUGCUUCUCCUUUUAGUUUUCUUUCAUAUUUUUCUGUUCCGUUUCAUUCUGCGAUUGGGCGAGCGCUUCUUAGAGCCAGCGGUCCAGGGGAAGUCUCCUGCCUCCUUCUACAAGCGUGCCCCCUCCCCUCUCCCACCCCCCUGAGAAGCAAGGAUGCUUAACAACCUGACAGACUGCGAGGAGGGGGACGGAGGACCCAACAGCCAGGGUGAUGGGGUCCCCAAGGAGAGCAGCCCAUUCAUCAACAGCAGUGAUGCAGAGAAAGCCCAGCAGUAUGAGGGGAAGAACAUGGCCCUGUUCGAGGAGGAGAUGGAUACCAGCCCCAUGGUGUCCUCACUGCUCAGCAGUCUCGCAAACUACUCCAAUCUUCCACAGGGGAGCAAAGAGCAUGAGGAGGCUGAGAAUAACGAGGAGGCGCGCAAGAAACCCAUCAAGGCUCCACAGAUGGGCACCCUGAUGGGAGUAUACCUCCCCUGCCUGCAGAACAUAUUCGGGGUGAUCCUCUUCUUGCGUAUGACCUGGGUGGUGGGUGUCGGAGGGGUGGUGGGCUCCUUCAUCAUCGUCUUCAUGUGUUGCUCCACCACCAUGCUGACCGCUAUCUCCAUGAGUGCCAUCGCCACCAAUGGAGUUGUGCCAGCUGGUGGUUCGUAUUACAUGAUCUCGCGGUCCCUGGGGCCAGAAUUUGGUGGCGCUGUGGGCAUAUGCUUCUACCUGGGGACCACCUUUGCCGGUGCCAUGUACAUCUUGGGGUGCAUUGAGAUUCUGCUGAUAUACAUUGUGCCCCAGGCGGCUAUAUUUAAGAUGGAGGGUUUGGAAGGGCCAGAUGCAGAAGCAGCCCUGCUCAAUAACAUGCGUGUUUAUGGCACCUGCGUGCUCAGCUGCAUGGCAGUGCUGGUGUUUGUUGGUGUCAAGUAUGUCAACAAGCUGGCCCUGGUCUUCCUGACCUGUGUCGUCGUCUCCAUCCUCGCAGUCUAUGCUGGCGUCAUCAAGACCGCCAUCGACCCCCCCGACUUUCCGGUCUGUAUCCUUGGGAAUCGAACCCUGAUCACCAAGGGCUUUGAUGUGUGUGCCAAAGUGAUUGAGAGGGGCAAUGGCACCGUGACGACAAAACUCUGGCGCAUGUUCUGCGACUCCGAGCUCCUGAACGCCACCUGCGACGAGUACUUCAUCAACAACAACGUCUCCCAGAUCCAGGGCAUCCCUGGCGUCAUGAGCGGCAUCCUGUCGGAGAACUUGUUUGGUAACUACCUGGAAAAGGGGCAGAUCUUGGAGAAAAUAGGGAUCCCCACUGUAGUGGAUCCAGAGGCACCCCUGACAUUUACCAACUCCUACGUCCUCGCUGAUAUGACCAGCUUCUUCACCCUGCUGGUCGGCAUCUAUUUCCCCUCUGUUACAGGAAUCAUGGCAGGUUCAAACAGGUCAGGUGACCUGAAAGAUGCCCAGAAGUCCAUCCCUAUUGGCACAAUCAUGGCGAUCACCACAACCUCCUUUGUGUACAUGUCCAGUGUGAUCCUUUUUGGAGCCUGCAUUGAGGGAGUGGUGCUGAGAGACAAGUUCGGGGAAGGGGUAAACGGCAACCUGGUGAUUGGCACGCUGGCCUGGCCCUCCCCCUGGGUGAUUGUGAUAGGCUCAUUCUUCUCCACCUGUGGGGCGGGGCUGCAGAGCUUGACUGGGGCGCCACGUCUCUUACAGGCCAUCUCCCGCGACAGCAUCAUCCCAUUCCUCAGGGUGUUUGGUCAUGGGAAAGCUAACGGGGAGCCCACCUGGGCUCUGCUCCUCACUGCCUGCAUCUGUGAGACUGGCAUCCUCAUCGCCUCCCUGGACGCUGUGGCCCCUAUUCUCUCCAUGUUCUUCUUGAUGUGCUACAUGUUUGUCAACCUGGCCUGUGCCCUGCAGACUCUGCUACGCACCCCCAACUGGAGACCCCGCUUCAAGUUCUACCACUGGGCGCUGUCCUUCCUGGGCAUGAGCUUGUGUCUGUCCCUGAUGUUCAUCUGCUCCUGGUACUAUGCCAUUGUUGCCAUGGUGAUCGCUAGCUGCAUCUACAAGUACAUUGAGUUCUGCGGGGCGGAGAAAGAGUGGGGCGACGGGAUCCGGGGCCUGUCCCUCAGCGCUGCCCGCUUCGCCCUCAUGAGGCUGGAAGAGGGGCCCCCCCACACCAAGAACUGGAGGCCUCAGGUGCUGGUUCUUGUCAGUGUUGACGGGGAACAGAAUGUGGAACAACCCCGCCUACUCUCCUUGACCAAUCAGCUAAAGGCGGGAAAGGGUCUGACCAUCGUGGGGACAUCGCUGGAGGGCACCUUGCUGAAUGACCAACCCAAGGCUCAACGUGCAGAGCAGUCUCUGAAGAAGGUGAUGGAGACAGAGAAGGUGAAGGGCUUCUGCCAGGCAGUGAUCUCCUCCAACAUCCGCGACGCCACGUCCCAUCUGAUCCAGACAGGAGGUCUAGGGGGACUGAGGCACAACACGGUUCUGGUGAGCUGGCCACGCAACUGGAAGCAGGCCAAUGACCAGCAGGCCCUCCACAACUUCAUCGAGGUGGUGAGAGAGACCACUGCAGCACAUCUGGCCCUCCUGGUGCCUAAGAACAUCUCAGCCUACCCCUCCAACGGCGAGCGCUUCACCGAGGGACACAUUGACAUCUGGUGGAUCGUCCACGACGGCGGUAUGCUCAUGCUCCUGCCCUUCCUGCUAUGCCAACACAAGGUGUGGCGCAAGUGUAAGGUACGCAUCUUUACUGUGGCCCAGAUGGACGACAACAGCAUCCAGAUGAAGAAAGACCUGAUCACCUUCCUGUAUCAUCUGCGCAUUGAUGCUGAGGUGGAGGUGGUGGAGAUGCAAGACAGCGACAUCUCCGCCUACACUUAUGAGAAGACCCUGGUGAUGGAACAGCGCUCGCAGAUCCUGAAAGAGAUGCACCUGACGAAGAACGAACGGGAGAGAGAGAUCCAAAGCAUCACUGACUCCUCCCGCGGAUCCAUCCGCCGCAAGAACCCGGCCGGCGUGGCCAAGCAGCAGAGCAUCAGCGAGGAGCCGGCUGCAGCCAGCGUGGAGGAGAAGCCAGAGGAGGAGUCUGUCGAUAUCUCCCGCCCUGAACAGAUGCAGCUGAUCCACAACAAGGACACCACGCCCACCCCGGCCAGCCCCGCCUCCCCCACUGAGGGGGCGGAGACUCCUGGCGAGAAGGUGCAGAUGACCUGGACGGAAACGUGCGACGGAGACAAGGGUCCCAUCAUGGGGGCCACGUCCCCCGAGGGGCUCAAGGACUUCUUCAACAUGAAGCCGGAGUGGGAAAACCUGAACCAAUCAAACGUCAGACGCAUGCACACCGCGCUCAGACUGAAUGAGGUCAUUGUGAAGAAGUCCCAAGAGGCCAAGCUGGUUCUGCUCAAUAUGCCUGGUCCGCCCAAGAAUCGGAUGGGAGAAGAGAACUACAUGGAGUUCCUGGAGGUUCUGACAGAGGGGCUGACCCGCGUGCUCUUGGUUCGAGGUGGUGGGCGUGAGGUCAUAACCAUUUACUCUUGAGGGACGAGUACCACCCAAAACUCCACCCACACCCCUCCCCCAAAACUCCAAGCUUCUACCACCAGAUCCCUCCACAGACUGUACCUUCAUCCCACAAACUCCUUUAUCGCACACAGACACACAGUAUACAUGCACCUUUAUACAAAUAGAGAAUAUGCAAACACACACACAUCACACACACACACACUCACACACGUGCACACACAUCCACACAUCUACAGUGCUGCACCUAUCCAGAACUACAGAUUAGCUGGUCAUGCCACUGUCUAUGUUUUGUGUUCAGCGUCACAGCAAUCAACAGCCAAUCAGCCAAUCAGCAGAGCCCAUGCCUCACUCAUUAUGUGGGCAUUGGUUAUCUGACAAAGCUGUCUUGGCUUUGAUUUGCUGGCUUGUUGCUGCCCCAGGUGGAGAAUGCCCCCCCCCCCCCCCGCCCACACACACACACACACUUCCCCCCGCCCCCCUUUCCUCCCUGUGUGGGGCGCUGCAGGCCCCCUGCAGGCCACUGGAUGAUAUUUUGGUCUCCUCCUCCAGCACUCCCACUGCCCCCACCCCCCAGGUCAUCCUCAUCUGUCAUUCCAUCUGGCGAUUCAUUCUUCCUGAGAGUCUGGUGAAGGCUGAGGGCCACCAUGGGGAAACAUAUUGUCUAUUUCUCAUUUUUUGUGAUUUAUGGUUGGAUUUUUAAAAUGGGGACAAAUUAUUUAAGUAAUUUUACCCUAGGGAUGGGGGGAUGUUUUUUUUUUCUUUCCCAAAGGUGGGAGUUAGGGCAAUGGGGGCAGGGGUGGGGGUAAGGUUGAGUUGGGUUUCUGUGUGUGCGUGGGGGGGGGGGGGGUUAACAGAGUUAAUUGCCAAUCACAAUGGAAUUGUCUUCCUAUGGGUCAACCAGCAGUGGAGAGAAAAAAGGACCGUAAAUAUAUACACACAUUUUUUGUGAGUGUGUACGCGUGUGCAGUGCGCCCUAAAAAGAAAAAAAAAACACCCCCCAAAAAAAAAAAACAUCAAGAACAGGGACAAGGCACGUGUGGGGCAAGGCUGUAAAAAAAUAAGGAGUUCACAAGGGACUCCGGACAACACUUCGAAGCUACUCCGUGAUGUGCCACAUACCUGACACCCAAGAAUUUCCCGCUGAUAGUCGACGUUUCUUGUUGCAACCUUUCGUUUUGAAAACUUCAAUGAAAAAAUCUGUUUUUAAUCCAUGUUUUGCAGUAAACCUUCCCACCCUCCCUUCUUCCCUCCAACCCCUAACUCUGUGACAGUUAUAAGCCGUGCCAAAGACAGCGACACCGGGAGGGAAAGGGCUAUGUGGUCUCUUUAAGGGUGUGCUUUUUCUACUGUGAAAAUGUUUCAGUGACUCCUAUGACUGACAGCAAAAUCAGCAAAUGGGGGUGGGGGGGGUGGGAGGAUCAGGGGCUGGGCAUGCCAGUGUGUCACUGUUGUAAGCCACACCCCCCUCUCCCCCAGCAUGGAUCACUGUAAAUAGUGUAGAGUACCAUCUCUGGCACAUUGAUAACUAUCAGCAUAUUAUUUUUAGCAACUAACUUCACAGCUUUUUGUGGCAGAGAUGCACUUGUUACAACAGGGUUGACUAGCAACAGUCCAGAAUAGCUAGCUUCCGUCAUUUUCGUAGUAUGAUUCAUUCUCAUUGUUAACUCAUUGUGCACAGUCCACUUUUCACCUGAUUUAUAUAUAAUUAAAUAUCAAUACUGUCAGUGCCACCCCUUCAGUAUUAUGCACAGAAAACAGUGCUUAACAACAUUAUUUUUGAAAAUUGUAUUUUAAAAAGGCUAUGUACCACAUAUACAUAUUUAUAUAUAAUUUAUCACUACUAAAAUAUAUAUUUCAAUGUAUUUAUAAGACUUAUUUAAAAAGAAAAUAUUCAAUUUUAUUUAUUUAUUCACUUUAAAAUUAAAUUUAAAUUUAAAAUACAGAUAUAUCUAAAUGCAUUUUACAAUUUGACUUUGUCUGCCAAAAAGAGUGCCAAAUGAAAAAAUAUAUAUUUUUCAUGACUACCAUUUUUCUUUUUGUAGAUGAUCAUUUUUCAUUGUGGCAGAGGUGUCCAGUGUCAUCUUUAAUGGCUGAAAAUCCAGAAUAUAAACACAAAGCUGUUCUCUUCUACAGCACAGAAUGAAUGGAAAGUCAUACAUUUGUAUAAUAUAUACAACAUUUGUAAUGGGAACGUGCAAUAGCUGGAUUGUGGAUCCAUUGCCUGUGUUAAUACACACAGUGUUUUAUAUUAGUAGAUAUCUCAUCCAUAAGACAUUUAUCCUCACAUAGUUAGCAUAUAUACUCUGUCUGGUGAUUAUCCACUCAAUUACAGCAAGAGUGGGAGACAAUAAUGUGUCAAUAUGGAUACCAAUAUUUAAUUUCUGGAAAAAGAAAUAAAUUGUUGAGAUAUAAAACUGGAAGGAAUGUUUGAAAGGAAACAAGGAGUUAAAGUCCUGCCAUAUUCAUUAAUACAAGAUAUGUAAAAUCUACAAAUAAUAAGGAUUUAGAAAUCUACUCAAAGCUUUCAUAUCAGAAAUGAUGAUUAGUAAUUUAUAAAUGAAUAUCAGUGGGGUGGGGUUUAUCCCUUCUAAGAUCAUACGGGGCUCAGUUUAUCAUGGUAGGCAGGGGGUCAGAAUUAGUCAGAGGGUAAUAGAUACCAGCAUUUAAAGGGGCUAAUUUCAUUUUUAAUUCAAACAGUGGAUUUAUCACAAGGCUGUACAAUAAAGCUGUCCUGUUAUCUUGCCACCCGGGUUGUAUCCCAGCAACACCUGGGGCCCGUGUUCAGAGAACAGAAAUGAAGGGAUGUUUUUGUAUUUAUCACACAGCCAAGAGGUUUAACAGCCCAGGAGAGGCACGACUGAAGUGGCCCCAAAACAAUCCAAUUAAUGAUAUUGGCUUAGUUUGGUUGGAAGGUUACUGAUGUGCAGUUGGUUGUUAAGACACAGGAGAAGAGAGGAACACAUUAAAAAAUUUUGAUAAGGUUUUGGUGUUUUUCUCCCCGGUUGGAGUUACUAUUUUGUCUUUGGAAGGGUUACCUUCAUGGUAAAAUACCAAAUGUCUGAUACCCAAAACUCAUAAGUCAUAAUUUGAUGUCAAUAUGAUAUCAACAUGUUAGAUAUCAACAGCUCAUUAGAAAAGUGAGCACCAGGUGGAGGGUACAAAGGCCUGUGUAAUUCUUAUAAAGCCCGACAGCUAUAUCCCUUGAUUAACAUGCAAUGUAAACAUUUUGGCAUGGAUGUUCCUGCAUCCAGUAUAUCACUUCUGAGUUACUGUAACUUGAACUAGUUCGUAGUCCCUAGGCAGGAUAUCGCAUAUGAUGUUCAUUGAUUGUCCUCGUAUUUAAUAAAACUGCCCAGAUACCUGAUUGGGCUGCAUGUUUGUUGGUUCAAAGAAAAAAUAAGGAAAAAAAAAAAAAAACACUUUAAGUGUCCCAAGGGAUUGAUGGCAGCAUUGUGCUUUUGGUGGUGAUAUAUUAUUAACAUGGUG